UCGAUUAUUCUUAUCGUUCGUCAAAUAGAUUUUCAGUGUUGCUAAAUUCUGGGCAAAAGUAGACUUAAAACAAUUGCCGCCAUCUGGCAACACGCACAAUUCACAACCAGCUUCAGCUGGUGCCCAAAAUUCCAUUGCUGCACUGCAUCCAUCACCUGCUCCACUGUUCGCUGCACUGUGUCUGGCCUGGCCAUGGCAGAGAACCGCCGACGUUUUCGCAAUAAAAAGCGGGAUGAUGGACGUCCGGGUCCAUCGCCGACAACGCCCGUGACGAUUGCGAGGCGCGAAGAGUCACGCACGCCCGUCGUCCAGCCAAAGAUAUUGCUGAAAAAGGAGGCCGAAUCGAAUGCCGGCAGCGGCAGCAGCGGUAGCAACAAUGAGCUUCCCACAUCCAUUAAAACCAUCAUCAUCAAUCGCAGCGAUGCGCGGCACAGCAGCGACCGUACCGCCUUCCCGGCCGCCAGCACCAUGACCACAUCCAGCGUAUGCGCGGCGCUGGCCAGCUCAACUUGUGCCGCCGCCGCCGCCGUCGCCGGCAAGGAGAAGACAAAUGGCACUGGCGCCACCAGCAGCAGCAGCAGCAGCAUCAUCACGCUGACGGGCCAGCCAGAGUCGCUGGCGCCGCCGCGCAUGACACGGCCGACGCCGCUGCUGGUGGCCAACGGCGUAUUCAAUGCGAAUGCACGCAAACUCUUCCACAAGAGCAACACGGACUUUGCGGUAAUCGGCGUGUUGGGCGCCCAGAGUGUCGGCAAAUCCACGCUGCUCAAUCUGCUGGCGGCGGAGCGCUCCAGCGACUAUGACUACUAUCAGCAUCUGUUUGCGCCGGAGGCGGACGAGUGCACGUUUGCGACCAGGCAUCGCGCCAAGCCGCAGCAGGCGCUGCAGGUGCUCCGUCCGCGCACCGAAACGUUGCAGUUCUUUAUUACCCGUGAGCGUUAUGUGCUGCUGGACACGGCGCCCAUGCUGAGCGGCAGCACGGCCAAGGAGGCGGACUAUUUGGAUCUGCAAACGUUGUCCACCAUGAUGCAGCUGCUCAGCGUUUGUCAUGUACUGCUGCUGGCACUGGAUGAGUCAGUCGGUCUGGAGCAGCUGCGUCUGCUGCAUGCCGCACUGCGUCUGCGUCCGCGCGCACCCUGCAAGGGCUAUGUGCGCGACUAUCUGCCGCAGCUGUUGUUUGUGCGCACGCGCGCCCAGCGUCCGGAUUACGAGCCCGCCAGCCGUGAGCGUCUGGACAGGCAGCUGGAGCUGCUGUUCGAGGGCACCGGCCUGCCCAUCUAUCGGGGACGCGGCGAGUCGCGCAUUCUCAACAGCAUCCAGCUGCCGGAGCUGUAUAGCAAUGCGGCUGUCGCACAUCAUGCCAGUGCCGCGGAGCUGGUGCGUCAGUUUCGGGAGCGUGUCUUCGGCAUGGUGCGCAUCUCCAUGUGCCAGAGCAACGACUUCAGCGAGACGCUCUGGUUCGAGCUGCUCGCGGAGACGACACGCAAAUGCGCCGCAAGCAGCCAGAACUUUGAGCAGAUCUAUGCGGAGAUCAAGCUGCGGCAUCUCGAGCUGCGCCCCAAAUGGCGACCCGACUCCAACUGGCGCAACGAGUCGUGAGACGAGUCGCCCCCCCAACAUGCAUUCGAGCAGGACAGCUGUAUAGACUUAUAGACAUAGACAUAGAUAUUAUAUCGUGUGUAUAUAUAUUAUACUAUACUUUUUAUAUAUGUA